AUGGCCGCCUACACCAUCACCAGCAUCAGCAGGGUGACCAACGACGACCUGAACACCGACAUCAGAGUGGGCUUUGGUGAUGCAAAUGCCCCUGGCGGCGGCAUGCGGAUGACGGUGCGGAACGACCACAUCUACAGCGCCGCAGACCCCGGCCAUCCUGCGGCCUUUAUGUACGCUGCCAACCGCAUCCCCCUCGUUGUCUCUGGCAGCCACGUGUUUCCUGCCGGCGCUGCCGCCUACCGCCUGAGGGGCACGGGGCCCAAUAACUUCACCAUCACCACGCAGCCCUUCAACGUCACUGGAGUUGCCGGAACCGACGUCAACUUCGACGCCUCUGUCUUCUCCAACGCGGGCGGCGCUCCCGGCUCCCCCUUCAAGGUGGUCGGCAACUGGACGUGGAGCAUUCUGAACGGCAUCACGGGCGCCGUCGUUGCCACCAGCGCUGCCACGCCGCUGGAGCUCUACUUCUUCUUUGGCGACCACUGCCUCCCCUACAUCUAUGCCCAGACGCACUUCCUGGAGCUGAUCCGCCUGUCCGUGCCGACCUACGACAUAGUCGCGGGCCAGGCCUGGGCCGCCCUCGAGUCCAACAUCGUCUGGAACGCCGUGGUCAACCUCUGGAACCACGGCGGCGCGGCCCUGCAUUACGACUCGCGAUUCCGCAAGGGCGGCGUCACGGAGCACCUGCGCCAAAACAACUUCAACCUGGGCAGCAUCAUGACACGGUCCGUGGCCACGUGCAACUGCUUCGACCUGGCCGCCCUCGCCAAGCUGACGCUCCUAUCGCUUGGCCGCAACGCCAACGGCGAACCGAUGAUUGCCGGAGCCGCGCUGCAGGUCGACCGGCCGUGGGGCUACAUCUUCCCGGGCCCGCUGUUCGGGUGGGCGAACACGGCCGCGCACAACUGCAACAGCCCGUUCUGGCAAGAGCGCCUAGGCGGGCCGGGCUACGACACGCAGCCGCUCAUGCCCCAGAACGACGCCAACCGCACCGCGUUCGACUGCCACUGCUACGCCGUCUACGACGACCACACCAACGUGAAGCGCGUCGUCGACAUCUGCCACGCCACCCUCACCGGCCCGCCCGUCGCCGCCCCCGGCCCCUUCAACCUCGCCGGCGGCCUGAUCGACGUCCCCAACUUCAGGGCCGCCGGCAUCGACGUCGGCGCCAAUGCCUUCGGCGCCCCCGUCGCGUCGGAACAAGUUGUGAACUGGGUCGACUUGUGA